AUGGUUACUCUCAAGGCAGCGGCAUCUGCCCCAUCGCAGAUUCAGGACGAUGCAAUUAUGGGCACAAACAAUAGCAGUAUUGUCUCAAAACGCAGUGUUGAACGCCUCUAUUUUCCUGAUGAGCCUCACUUCUUUCGCUAUUUCGUCAAGAAACCCCAAAGGCGUUCACCCUUGAUAAACAGGGGCUAUUGGCUGAGGUGGGAUAUCCAUUUCUCGCUUCCUUUCUUCGUGGUCUUAUUUGAACCCGACCCGCUUUCCUGGCAAUGUCUUUCCAGAUAUCCAUCUUUGUGUGACAAUGUCUCAUUUGUCGACAUUGACUACAAGGAGCUAAUGCUCAAGAAGCGUGAUAUGGUGAAUCGUACACCUGAGCUAAAAGAGGUCUUCACAAACGUCGAAAUAUUGGAAGGGGAUAUUUUACUUCGCAGCGAUCAAUACCUGCAAAUCGGAUGUGAUUUAAGAGACCUUGGCACUCUUGAUAGGGCUCUCGCUUCAGUAUUUGAUUUCGAAAAAAUUGAAAUUUUGUUCGUGGCGGAAGUCUCCAUAACUUAUAUGGAUGCACACUAUGCAGACAAUUUGAUAGAAUGGGCGAGCAAAUUUCAAGCUCGCUUUUGUCUCCUAGAACAACUUCUACCCGAAGGAAUAAGCCAUCCUUUUGCUCGGUCUAUGAUGGCACAUUUCCAAAAGUUGAAGACGCCACUUAAAGCCGUCGAGAAGUAUCCAACCCUCUCCACUCAGCAGCAACGCUUUCAUGCUAGGGGCUGGCAACAUGUUUCAGCACGCAAUCUUUGGGAGUUAUGGGGCUCGCCAGAUUUUCUAAGCUCACGGGACAGAAUGGCCCUGGACGCCGUUGAGAACUUCGAUGAAUAUGAAGAACUCGCUCUUUUCGGCUGCCAUUAUGUCCUGCUAGUUGCAGAUAAUAUCAACUCUGCUGCGUUCGAGCAUCUUUCUCGCACAGAAAUAAAACUGGGAGCUCCAGUUUCGUCUAUACAGAUGGAGAUACAGUAUUCCGAGUCUCCAAAGGGAUGUGGUUACAGGCGAUUUGCUGCUGGUCUACCUCUAAAGAAUAAUCGAACUUCGGUCAGAAUUGGUAACCUUGGCGGUGCGGGUUCGGAGACAAGGAGUGACUCUUGUGAUAUAUAUGCAGAUAAUCUACAAGUUGACCCUCAUCCAGAAGCUUGGAAAUCCCAGUCUUGUCCAUCUAAACGCCAGUGCCACACUAUUACCGAUCUCGGUGAUGCAGGCUCGUUACUUUGCGGUGGCCGAACCUCUCCGGACAAUGCUUUGAAGGACUGCUGGCUCUAUCACAAAUGGGUUGACCAAUGGGAACGCGUCGAUGAUCUUCCAUCGCCUCUAUACCGACAUCAAGCUGUGAAUGUCGGUCACGGCGUUCUCAUCUCUACAGGAAGAGUCAGUUCCCGGGCCAUCUCUUCUGGCUACCACCUUUGGAGCCGCCGAUUCGGUUGGAUAGAGUGUAAUCUUCAUGGUGACGUACCUCCCCCAACGUUUGGAGCAACACUGCUUGCAUUCGAUACGGGCAUGACAUUGGAUACAUCUACAAUAAAACGUGGUAUUGUUGCAGGAGGGAUGUUAGCAGAUGCCGUUGUCCAACGGGGAAUCUGGGAAUGGGAACUGGACCAUGAUGCUCAGCAUCCGAAUUUGCGAUUUCAGCGAUCUUCAUUGUUUCCCGACAAUUCGGAGCAUCAUCAGUAUCUCGCUCGGUUUGGUGCUAAUGUGGUCAACUACAAAAACAAGACGUACGUCUUGGGCGGUGUCAUACAAGAUACAUUGUUAGGUGUAUCUGACGAAAUUUGUGCCAUCGAUGCACAGGGCUCGUUUCAUACCAUUCCAAGAACUGAAGAUGACCAGGCUCCUAGACCCUUAUUAGUUGGAGCAACAAUCACGGCAACGAAUAACAAUAUAUUGAUCAUGGGAGGUGGAGCCACCUGCUUUAGUUUCGGGACGUUUUGGAACAAAGGGUGCUAUACCCUGAAUCCGGGCUCGAACUCGGAUUCCUCAGAUGCCUUUGGAUUUGUCAAAACAAUAGCGCCUCAAGCGCAAGUUAUCGGUAUCCAAACGUCUGUACCAACUAAGCACACAAGCGCUAAGCUAACAACCGUCCAUCGAAUGAGGAUCAUGUCCCCAGAGGACUUCGAUCAGAUCCUCCAGACCGCUGUCCCUGUCAUUCUCGAGGGCUUGGCUAUUGGCUCUUGUACCGAAAAAUGGACCGACGAGUAUCUGAAGGAGACUGUAGGGCCUGAGCGCGAGGUAAAUUCUGUUAUUGUUCAUCAGUCCGAAUCUGCUUAUCUUGACUUCGCCACCAAGAACUUCAAAUAUAUCACAAUGGGAUUCGGAAAAUUCGUAGACUCAAUCAGUAAUCAGGGAAAACUCUACUUGCGAAGUCUAUCAGCACAGAGUCCAACAGACACCCCUUCUGAUCUGAGUAAAGACUACCCUACACUCUCUGCUGACUUCACUUUACCAAAUGAGCUGGAGUACGUCAAGAAUAACUCGCAUAGCGCCCCGUUGCGUAUCGCUGGUCCUGUAACAAUGUGGCUGCAUUACGAUGUCAUGGCGAACGUGCUCUGUCAAAUUCGAGGUCGGAAGAGAUUGGUUCUAUUCCCACCACAUGAUAUUAUGCACCUUGGGUUUGAGCCUGGUGCAUCAAGUUCGAGUAUCAAUGUCUUUGAACAUCUUCAAGAUCCCUGCCUCUCGGUCACACACCCCUACGAAGCAAUUCUCGAGCCGGGGGAUAUACUCUUCAUUCCCUCGUUGUGGUUACACACGGCAAAACCCGAGACGGGUGUGAGCGUCGCGGUCAAUGUCUUCUUCCGGGACCUGAAGACUGGUUAUGGAGUAGGAAGAGAUGUGUAUGGAAAUAGAGACCUGCAGCCUUAUGAAAAGGGAAGGCAGGACAUUAAGAAGAUCAUCAAGGCCUUCGACAAGUUGCCGAAAGCUGCCCAGAAUUUCUAUCUGCACAGACUAGCUGCAGAAUUUCAGCAGAAGUCUCUCAAUAUCUGA